AUGUGUGCUUUCACAAGCAACGUGCAGUGUUAAAAAGCCAAGCAUGCUAUUAAAGGAAGCUCCAUUACUCAGUGGUUUCCUUGCUGUCACUUCCUGUUUACCCUCUCCCUCACUCACCCAUCUAACCAAUGAGAUUCCCUCACUCACCCAUUUAACCAAUGAUCUGUGGCGGGGGGUGGAGCAUGGACAGGCGGUGUUGUAUGUGUGGAGCGGUGCUGGAUGGGGAAGGCCUCUGCGGUGUUCUUGUUCUAGUGGGUGUAGUAUUCACUGUGUUGGGGUCGACGGUGCAGAGAGAAAACCGGCGACUGCAGGAGGCCAGCAUGCGUCUGGAGCAGGAGAACGAUGAUCUUGCCCAUGAACUGGUGACCAGCAAGAUAGCACUGAGGAAUGACCUGGACCAGGCCGAGGACAAAGCUGACGUUUUGAACAAGGAACUGCUCAACACUAAACAACGUCUGGUAGAGACCGAGGAGGAGAAGAGAAGACAAGAGGAGGAGACGGCACAGCUGAAGGAAGUGUUCAGGAGAGAGCUGGAGAAAGCAGAGUUCGAGAUCAAGAAGACCACAGCUAUCAUAGCAGAGUAUAAACAGAUAUGUUCCCAGUUGAGUACGAGGCUGGAGAAACAGCAGGCGUCCACAAAAGAAGAACUGGAUAUAGUUAAGGCUAAAGUGAUGGCGUGCGAGCGCUGUAGGGAAGUGUUCAGCAAAGACGGACCCCUGCAGAUCCCUGCGGUGAGUCAGGACAACCGGGACACAGACAUGGAUGAGGAGAAGGACUCGCUCAAGGCCCAGCUGAGAGAGCUAGAGCUAGAGCUGGCGCAAACCAAACUCCAGCUGGUGGAGGCCAAGUGCAAGAUCCAGGAGCUGGAGCACCAGAGGGGCGUUUUGAUGACUGAGGUUCAAGCUGCCAAAAACUCCUGGUUCAGUAAAACACUGGGCAACCUCAAGAAUACCUCCGGUAACCAGUCACCCUCCUCACCCAAAGAGGGCCAGUAG